AUGGACGGGAGCCGCCGUGGGCGCCAGAGCGCGAAAGCCAGCUUCCUGGCCAAGGCCCAUUCCUGUGUGAUCGGCUACAACAGUGAUCCCACCUUGCUGCAGUAUGUCUACGAUCUGUGGCUCUUCACCACAGUGGGCGGGGCACGAUCGGCCACAAGCAGCAGCAUCAGGGAGGCGCUGGCGUCCAAACCCUAUUCGCCAGAACUGUGGCGAGGCUACCAUGCCGCUCUGGUGGACCUGCAGCGACAGCUUGGCUGGCCGCAGCUAUUCAUCACCGUAGCCCCCUACGAGUGGAGCUUCCCUUACCAUGUUUGGCACGAAGACGAGCUGGGCAAGGUGUUGAAGGCGCGCUUGCACCUGCCUGUGGCCGAAACGCUUCACAUUGCACACGUCCUCACACAAGCAGUGAAAGGCCUUCUGACGGGUAGCAACGAAGGUCUGCAGGGACAGGGACGAGAGCAUAUUUUUUCUGCGGGCUGCAGUAAAGGGGUGCGGAAGUGGGUGGCGCGACUGGAAUUCCAGGACGGAAAGAGGAAGCGAGGACAGUUCAGGGAGCCCCAAGCUUAUCAUGGGCGUGGAACCGUGCACGUGCACAUAUUGCUCUGGCUGGAAAACAUGGACUCGAUGAGCCUCUCCGAAGAAAUCCGGGCUGAUAUUCCCGAUGAGUCAGAGCCGGAGCUGCGAGACCUGGUGCGUGGCUCGCAGUUGGAUUGGACAAACAGUGGCUGGCCCGUUCGCAGCGAGCCAACCAAGAUAUCCGAAAGCUCGGGCUUGCUGGAACUCCGACAUCCGCAAGAUGCCCACGACCAGCACUGCCGAGCCUAUCUCACGGACGUGCUCGCCGCUUUGCACUGCCACACAGACGUGGUAGCGUCGGACGGCCGCGCUAUGAUCCUGAAGUAUUGCGCAAGUUACCUUCCGAAGUUCUCCAGCUCCUUCGCGCAAGAAUUGCUCAACGACCAGGCAAGUGGCUUCGCACUGGCGAGACGCAUUCUGGCAGACUAUCACCCACUUCAGCCCGAAAUGGUCAUGCAGCUGGCAGCACAGCAACAUCCGCAGUUCCUUUGCCCGGCCGUUGUUCGAAAAUUCGUGGUGCCCGUGCCGUGGAAGAAGGAGAUGCCGCAGGAGGUUCGGAAUUAUAUGGAUUGCUCCUGGCGACGAAGGAGCAUGAGUCUCAUCGAAUAUCUACGGGUGUCCGGCUCGGGUGGACAAAUUGCCCAACGCUAUCGGCGGUUACACAAGGCUCGCAAGAUCGGAAUGCCACUGACACAAUGGAUCAACACUAUUGCAGCGGAAGGAGAGAUUCUGGUUGCCUGUAUCAUGUACUCAAGCUACAGUGAUCUCCAUUUCGGACAGUGGUUGCUGUUGCACGUGCCUUUCCGAGACAUAGCCGAUCUCUGGGAUGACCGAGUGGACUGCCUUCCGGAAGAGCUGCGCUUUCUGGGCCUCUGCCUUCUGCACCGACCAGACUUCUGGCGUAGCCCGCGUCGUAUCGCAGGUGAACUGGAACUGGAAGCUAGAACCGACUUAUACAUUACCAACACACUGGAGGUAAUACGUGCAAGAACCGAACUCAUCGAUGCCUUCCUCUCCGGCGAAGUCGAGGUACCGACAGGCCCACCGCAUUCCGAGGUGGCAAGAGCGGCCCAAGCGCCACGUUUCGAGAUGCUGGCGCCAGAGCAGCAGCUGGUGGCGCGAACAAUCGGUGAGAGAGUCGACACAGCACUCGCGUGCAAGUGGCCAGAGGACAGUAAUGAAGCUUCAUGGUGGAAGUGCCUGGAUGCAAACAGUCAGUCCGUCGGAAGGCGCGUCACUGCCAUCCUCGGCCCCGCCGGAAGCGGCAAGAGCACGGCCGUGCAGGCGGCCAUUCGCAGAGCGGCGGAAGCAGGGGCGCACGUGGGCGUUGCCUGCCCGACGGGCCUUUUGGCGUCUAAGUACAGGGUCGACAACCCGGAUCUGGAUGUGGACACCAUCCACGGCAUGUUCGCCUUGUACAAGGACGAGGUUGCCACGCUGGAAAUGAUGAACAUCUACGACCUCGUAGUGAUUGACGAGAUUGGGCAGGUGCCUCUGUGGAUUUUCGAGCGUAUCCUGAGGCUAUGGGAUGCUGCUGACCGUCGACCUGCAUUGGUGUUGGUCGGCGACUUCUGCCAGUUGACAGGGCCUGACGGAACGACGGCACAGCAAAGUGCACGCUGGCCGGAGGUCGGCAAGGUGUAUCUCCACACCAUGAGGCGCUGCAAAUGCUCGCAGCUCCGCUGGAAAUUACAGUUACUCCGCAGCACAACACCUUCCGGUAGACAGCUCCGCCAGAUUCUGAAGAAGCAUAGUGCAUGUGGCUCAGACAACAUGCCAACGGCAGACAACGUGGCAAGCAUCCUCCGCAGGACUCCAAGAACGCAGUUCGUCACUAUUUCCCGACGAGCUUCGGCUCGCCUGAACCACCUGGCGAUCGGGGCGCUGUUCGACGAGACCCAACUUUUAGGCUACAUUCCGGCCGAUCCGGACGAGAACCAUCGCAACUUCCACGGUCAGUCCAGGAUGAAUGCAGAACCAUUUCGAAUGCCCGUAUUUCCCGGAAUGCGUGUCACAAUCACAAAGAACGAAGACAAAGAGCAUGGUUUCGUCAAUGGCAUGGGUGGAGUCGUGCAGCGGAUGCGCCAUAGUGGUCUGCAGGUCCUGUUGGACAAUGGCAAGAUCGCACUGAUCCACCCCGUCACCCAAGAUUACGAGCUGGCGGACGGAUCUGUUCGACGAGUCACAGCCCUGCCUCUGAGACUCGGAUACAGCAGCACUCUGCACAAAAUUCAGGGUGCCACGUUGGAUCAUGCUACGAUAUGGCUGGAUGUUCCUUUCGUUCGAGGGGCGGCAUAUGUCGCAAUAUCUCGAGUGCGGAAAGACGCGAACUGGCAAUUCCUUGGUCGCAUCGAGAGGACGCACUGUGUGCCCGCAGGCAGCGAUUGA